AUGCCGCCAACCCCGACUCUAGAGGGCAAGACUGUAUUUGUCACAGGAGGAUCCAGUGGGCUCGGCUUAGAGAUUGCCAAAAUUGUAGCGGCUCAAGGAGCUCAUGUUGCUAUCUUCUCUCGCCGCCAGAAAGUCCUCGAUGCAGCGAAGAAAGAGAUACUCGCGGUGAGGCUUCACGAAAACCAAGAAGUCUCCGCCAUUGCGGUAGAUCUCAGCAAUGCCAAAGCAGUCAGGGCUACCUUCGGCUCUCUAAAACUCGUACCCGACAUUCUAUACUGCGCUGCCGGAGGCUGCCAGACCGAAUGUGGCUUUCUAACGGAGAUCAGCUCAGAAGAUCUCGACAGCUGCAUGCGCAACAACUACUACACCGCCGCCUACGUAUCCCAGGUCGUCCUCAAGAUAUGGAGAGGGGUAGAGAACAAACCUGAAUUGCGCGGGAGAACAAAAGAACGACGGAUCGUCUUCAUCAAUAGCGUAGGGGCGUUCGUGGGAUUACCUGGAUAUACUGCGUACACACCUUCCAAGGCUGCAGUCCGCGGUCUCGCCGAUACCCUUCGAAUGGAGGCCCUUUACUACUCGAACCCUGGGACCAAGUACACCAUCCAAUGCGCUUUCCCAAGCAACAUCAUGACGGACGCCUUCAUCGAGGAACAGAAGAACAAACCGCAGCUCACCAAAGAGAUGGAGGAGACCAACAAAGACCUGGACGAGCUGAAGAAGAAGCUACCUUCUGCCGCCAAGGUCGCCCAGUACAUCGUGAGUCGUCUCAACAGCGACGACUUCGCGAUCUGCGACUCGUUGGCAUCGGAGCUGCUGUGGUCGAACAUGAUCGGUCCUUCGCCGAAGCGGGGACUCGGGGUUGCUGAUUCGAUUCUCUCGUUUUUGGUCGGCACGGCGAUUUGGCCGUUCCAGCGUCGUAGAUGGGAUAAGAUGUGUGUUCAGGCUGGGCAAUAA